AUGCACUCUCUCUAUCAUUCACUCACUCUCUCUAUCGCUCUCUAUCACUCUAUUGCUCUCUAUCUCUAUCUCGCUGGUGCCGGGAAUCGCGGCUCACUCAUACCUACACUGUCCUACACUCACACUCUCUCAUUCAUACACUCUCUCAUUCAUACACUCUCUCAUUCAUACACUCUCUCAUUCAUACACUCUCUCAUUCAUACACUCUCUCAUUCAUACACUCUCUCAUUCAUACACUCUCUCAUUCAUACACUCUCUCAUUCAUACACUCUCUCAUUCAUACACUCUCUCAUUCAUACACUCUCUCAUUCAUACACUCUCUCAUUCAUACACUCUCUCGCCCACGUCUCUCUCUCUCUCUCGCCCACGUCUCUCUCUCUCUCUCGCCCACGUCUCUCUCUCUCUCUCGCCCACGUCUCUCUCUCUCUCUCGCCCACGUCUCUCUCUCUCUCGCCCACGUCUCUCUCUCUCUCGCCCACGUCUCUCUCUCGCCCACGUCUCUCUCUCUUUCACACUUCUCUCUCUCUUUUCUUUCUCUCUUUCUCUCUCUCUCUCUCUUUCUCUCUCUCUCUCUUUUCACCUUCUCUCUCUCUUUCACUUCUCUCUCUCUCUUUCUUCUCUCUCUCUCUCUCUUCUCUCUCUCUCUCUCUCCCCCCUUCUCUCUCUCCCACUUCUCUCUCUCUCUUUCCUUCUCUCUCUCUUCUCCUCUUUCUCUCUCUCUCUCUCUUUCACUCUCUCUCUCUUUCCCUCUCUCUCUCUCUCUCUUUCACACCUCUCUCUCUCUCUCUCUCACACUUCUCUCUCUCUCUCUCUCCACUUCUCUCUCUCUCUUUCACACUUCUCUCUCUCUCUCUUUCACACUUCUCUCUCUCUCUCUUUCACACUUCUCUCUCUCUCUCUUUCUCCCUCUCUUCUCCUGCCCUCUCCUCCCCCUCCCCUCUCCCUCUCUCUUCCCUCUCUUCUCUCUUCUCUUCUCGCUUCUCUCUCUCUCUCACUCACUCUCCUCUCUUCUUCUCUUUCACUCGCUCGCUCGCCUCUCUUUUUCUCUCUCUCUGUUUCACUCGCUCACUCGCCUCUCUUUUUCUCUCUCUCUGUUUCACUCGCUCACUCGCCUCUCUUUUUCUCUCUCUUUUUCUCUCGCUCGCUCGCCUCUCUUUUUUUCUCUCGCUCGCUCGCCUCUCUUUUUUUCUCUCGCUCGCUCGCCUCUCUUUUUUUCUCUCGCUCGCUCGCCUCUCUUUUUUUCUCUCGCUCGCUCGCCUCUCUUUUUUCUCUCCUUCGCUCGCCCUCUCUUUUUCUCUCGCUUUCUCGCCUCUCUUUUUUUCUCUCGCUUUCUCGCCUCUCUUUUUCUCUCCUCGCUCGCCUCUCUUUUUUUCUCGCUCGCUCGCCUCUUUUUCUCUCGCUCUUUCUCGCCUCUCUUUUUCUCUUUCUCGCCUCUCUUUUUCUCGCUCGCCUUUCUCCUCUUUUUCUCUCGCUCGCUCACCUCUCUUUUUCUCAGCUCCUUUCUCCUUUUUCUCUCUUUCUUUCUCACCUCUCUUUUUUUUCUCUUUCUCUCGCCUCUCUUUUUUCUCGCUCGCUCUUUCUCUUUUUCUCUCGCUCGCUCGCCUCUCUUUUUUCUCUCUUUUCCUCGCCUCUCUUUUUUUCUCUCGCUUUCUCGCCUCUCUUUUUUUCUCUCGCCUUUCUCGCCUCUUUUUUCUCUCGCUCGCUCCGCCUCUCUUUUUCUCUCGCUUUCUCGCCUCUCUUUUUCUCUCUUUCUCGCCUCUCUUUUUUCUCUCGCCUUUCUCUCCUCUUUUCUUUUUCUCUCAACUCGCUCGCCUCUCUUUUUUCUCUCGCCUCGCUCGCCUCUCUUUUUUCUCUCUUUUGCUCCGCCUCUCUUUUUUCUCUUUCGCUCGCUCCUUCUCUUUUUUUCUCUCGCUCGCUCGCCUCUCUUUUUCUCUCGCUCGCUCGCCUCUCUUUUUCUCUCGCUCGCCUCGCCUCUCUUUUUUCUCUCGCUUUCUCGCCUCUCUUUUUUUUCUCUCGCUCGCUCGCCUCUUUUUUCUCUCGCUAACUCGCCUCUCUUUUUUUCUCCUCCCUUUCGCCUCUCUUUUUUCUCUCAACUUUCUCGCCUCUCUUUUUCUCAACUCCUUUUCGCCUCUCUUUUUUUCUCUCGCUCGCUCGCCUCUCUUUUUUCUCUCGCUCGCCUCGCUUUUUUUUUCUCUCCUUUCUCGCCUCUCUUUUUUCUCUCGCUUUCUCGCCUCUUUUUUCUCAACCUCGCUCGCCUCUCUUUUUUUCUCUCGCUCGCUCGCCUCUCUUUUUUUCUCUCGCUCGCUCGCCUCUCUUUUUUUCUCUCGCUCGCUCGCCUCUCUUUUUUUCUCUCUCUCUCACUCACCUCUUUCUCUCAUGACAAAUCAUACUACUGUAGGGUUCGUUUCUCGUCUACGUUGA